GCUGGCCAAGCGGAGAGACGGAGCGCGCCGGAGGAGGAGAGCCCAGGUGCGCCUUCGGGAGGAGAUGUAGCCAAGAGGUGAUAGACCCACUAACCUGGAACCAUGUCGGUGAAACUAACUUUCGUUUCUCCUGCUGAUGGGGGAAGAAUCAGUAGGAGCUGCUCCUUUGCUGGAUUCAGCACUGCACACAGCCGAAAAUUAGCAAAGUCUCUCAGCAAAAGUUCAACAAGGUCCAAAAUGUCUGUAAAAUCAGCCAAGAUGUAUCCUUCCCUUCAGAAAGGGGCAGUCAUCUGGGAUCCCAAGCCGGAGCAAGUAAAGAAAGUCUUCGAAGCUUUAAAGAAAGGACUCAAUGAAUAUCUGGAAAUGCAUCAAGCAGAGUUGGAUUAUCUGUUGGGGUGCCACAAAGAUACGAGAAGAAACUCCAGACUGGCUUUCUACUAUGAUCUGGAUAAGCAAAUCCGCUCUGUCGAAAGGUACAUCAGAAAACUGGAAUUUCAUAUAAGCAAGGUGGAAGAACUUUAUGAAGCUUACAGCAUCCAGUGCAGAUUACGAGAUGGCGCUUCAAAUAUGAAACAUGCUUUUUCCUUGUCCCCUUCCACUAAAGCAUCCAGGGAGAGUCUAGUAGAACUUUAUAAGAACCUCCAAGAAUGUACAGAGGAUAUGUGUCUAAUUGAGGGGACCCUUGAAGUACACUUGGGAGAGUUUCACUUGAAGAUGAAAGGGCUGGUGGGUUAUGCACGUCUCUGCCCGGGAGACCAGUAUGAGGUGUUUGUACGGCUGGGACGCCAGAAGUGGAAACUGAAAGGGAAGAUUGAGACGGAUGACAGUCAGACAUGGGAUGAGGAAGAGAAGGUUUUUAUACCUAAUCUCCAUGAGAAGUUUGAAAUCAAGGUCACUGAACUCCGAGGACUGAGUACCCUCUUGGUCGGCAUGGUGAAAUGUGACAGCAUAGAUUUCUUCAUGACCAGGCCUCAGACCAUCAUUGUGGAUAUCACUGAGCUAGGUACCAUCAAACUUCAACUGGAAGUCCUUUGGAACCCUUUUGACGCAGAAAAUCUAAUUUUGUCACCUGGAUCCACCGCCAAGUUUUCUGUGGGGAGCAGAAAGAACUCCCUAUACAGCUGGACCCCACCGAACACUCCCAGCUUCCGAGAAAAAUACUACCUUUCUGUUUUACAGCAAGGGAAGAAACAGGUAGACAUUGGUGAUGAGACACAAGAUUCUUGCAUCCUGAGCUACUUGGCUGACUGCGAUUUUAACAUGCGUUUGAGGAGCACAAGCCACAGCUUCACGGAGACCAUUGAGGGUAGCUCGUUCAGCUCCGAGGAUCAGAAAGGUUCAGAAAGUAGGAACAUCACGCCACCUUCCAAUCCGAGGACCUUGUCGUUGGCCAGCUUACGGGAUGCUUGUGCAGAAAGAGAGCAACGGGAUGUUUUGCAGUGCCGACCCUUCAGCCGUCGGACUCUAGACAUCCUGCAGGAAACGCCUCAUGCUGACUCUGCACUAACUAUCCCAUCGUGUCCCCCGGAUCAGAAGAAAGAUGAAAGCCAUGCCUUCACCCUCAACUGGAGCCACCCAUCAGCGCGACAAGAAAAAACCCUCUCUGCUGGUCAAAGAGGUAUGAAAGACAAUACUGAUGCCAGCCCAGAUGGAAGCUCCAGUUCCAUUGAGAAAACUCUGCAGGCAAUAUUGCAUUUGCUGAAAUCAAGGCAUCCAGGUCCCACUCAGCUGGAUGAAUUAGAAUACCAGGUUUUCUGUAUCCGGGACAAACUAAAGCCAAAAAAGUACCAUCUGAAACAUUCCUCGAUGGACAGCUUGAUGGUUGAGACGGUGCUGGAAAGUUUUGAUUUCCUGAAUGCUGACUGUAGUGCGGAUGAAUUGUCGUCCUUGGGGAGUAUAAGGACUUGCAGUGUCAGCACCUACAAUGAUGGCACAUUACGUUCCCUGGGCUGUGAUACUAAAGCAGAAAAUGAUGAGCUAACCACAGGCAGCGAUGACCUAGAUGCACUUCUAGAUGUUCAUCUGAGGUUCUGCAAUGCUCUUCUACAGAAACUAGUUGCACCAAACGUAGCUCCGAUUGUCCAGAAGAGCAUUUUAGAAGAGGUGUCACGACAGAAGUGCGUGCUGGAGAUCAUCUCUGCUCUGGUUGCUUCUGUGCCACGGAACUUGACUUCUGUUGAAGAGAUUAUCCAGAAAGCUAAAAAGCAGAAGCAUUGCUUGAAGAUCUGGAGCGAGUGCACUGAACGGGGAAGCAUCUUGCUCUGUCCGGUGGAGAGAUUUUGCAACCCGUUGAAAUACAUGCUGAUGUUUAAAACAAAGGAGAAAUAUCCAGGACACCUCGAAAAAGUGUUGCAGAUGUUCAUGGAGCAGAUAGUUGGAGGGAGCCUGUUAUUUCCUUCAGCAAAUCUCCCAGCUGAAUCGGUGACGUUAUUCCAGUUUUAUAGCUACCUGGAGAAACACCGUGUGAGCAACUUGGAAAAAUAUUUGGCCAGAUUCGCUAAAGAAGUGCUGCUAACUGAGGACUUGCAACAUCCUGGGAGGAUGAAGAAAAUAAAGAAGCUGAAAGGGAAGCGACUGAGCCGGCUGGUGCCUCUGCCGCAGACCUUGCAACUACUUGCUCUUCUGCAGCUGGAUGAAAACCAUCGCGUUGGCAAGGCAGCGGUCUCGUGUCUCCUGCGUGCAGCUGCCAAUAGGAACUUCAGGGAAAAGGCUCUUCUUUUUUACACAGACGUCUUAAGCAAUGAAGACACAAAAUUACAGCAAGCUGCAUGCCUGGCCCUCAAAAACCUCAGAGGCAUCGAAAGCAUAGAACAAAUUGCCAGCCUGUGUUUGUCUGAGACAGAGGAAGUUCGGAACACGGCCAGAGAAACAACUCUCUCAUUUGGUGAAAAAGGAAGACUGGCUUUUGAGAAAAUGGACAAAAUCUGUUGUGAGUUGAGGGAGACCAUGUACCAAGAAGCUGAAAUUGAAAUCACAGUAUUUUAAACAGUAUUUCCUUAACAUUAAGGGAAUCUGCACUUGCUUUUGUGGGAACGGCUCUAGUGUGCAGAAGAGACCAUAUCAGUUAUUAAGCUGUCUCAGCUUGGCUCUUAAUACCAGAAACAGAACAGAGUUUCAGGAUUUUACCACUGCUGGUAGGUGUAAAGAAGAAGAAAAAAUCUUGAUCUCAUAUCUGGACCAUUAAGUAGCCACAUUCUGUCCCGCUUUGGCAUAACAGAUGCUAAGCCAGCAGUAUAUCUGGUUUAUUAAGGUAAGCUCUCGUGCAUCUGUAUAGAUAAAAGUGGGCUAAAAAUAAUUUAAAUAAUCUGCAAAAAUGCACUGAAGUUCUAUACAAGAUUUUCCCAGUGCGGAAAAGGUGACACAAGCAGCUUCUGUUAAGACUUGGAAGUUUUCUUGCAAAAUUCUCUCAGCAGUAUGUGGUGGUCAAGCAGGGAAAAAAUAUGCAGAGAAAACAAAUUGGAGAUCCAAGAUUUCUUGCGGGCAAUCUGCUACAGCUGCAAAACAAGACUGAUGUGCAAUUGUGCAUCCCUCUAUAGGCACAAGAGAGAAAAUAAUGCAUAGUGCUCUUCAUUUAAUCCUGUGGACCAAAAACUAGAGGCAUGACAGGAAAUUAACCUGAGGUCACUGUUGGCAAUCUUGCUGAGUUAUGGGAGAAAUUUAACACAGACUCGUGACUUUUAAGAUAUAAAGUAAAUCUUGCGAGAGAUGAGUGACCAACCAUCCUAUCUGCCGAAAGAUACUACACAAAGCCAUCAAUUCCCAUUUGAGGACCUCGUUCUGGGCUUAAGAAUCUAGAUACUGCUGAGAACUACUUUGAGGUUGGCUAUGGCAGCACUUCUUAGCAGAAUUACUUAAAAGUAAAUCCCAUGAAGUUCAGCGAGAUAUUUUUGAAUAAACGUGCCCGAGAGGGGGCUGUAGAUCAGGUGUUUUUGUAGCUGCCCUUCCAGAUACGGCAGAUGGAGCUUAGGGUCUUCUCCCCCUUUGGGGCUGAAUGGGAAAGUUCCAAGUGUGUGCCCAGGCUCCCAACACUGGAUGGUGGCCCUUGGCUUUCAUGUAUAUAUUUUAUACAGUAUUUUGUGCCUUGUACUUUUCAGUAUUUAUUGCUGGGAUUGGUUUUACAUAUUUUUUUUCAAAAGUUUUA